GUUAGUCUUCUUUAUUCAUAGUACACUGAUUUGAAAUACCUGUUUGGCGAGUUCAGUUAAAAGAGAAAAGGCACGAGAAAAGACAAGGUAUAUUGAAGUGGUGUUCACAAGUGCUUGUUGCUUCACGCUGUCAAGUUUUCUAAAGGACGGGAAGUGAUGCUUCGUUUGGUCUUAUUCGCUUUGUUCAUAAGUGUCUGUGCCAGUGUUGGACAACAGAAAAAAAAGAAAGUGAAGACUGAGUCAUUAGCAAGAGGAUGGGGUGUAAAUAUUAACUGGGUGAAGAAUUAUGAAGAGGGCCUGCUCAAUGCAGGUGUAAGUCUAAAGCCUCUGAUGGUCAUCCAUCAUCUACUGGACUGCCCGCACAGUAAAGCACUGAAGAAGGCUUUUGCUGCUGAUAAGACCAUCCAGAAAAUGGCCAAAGAGGAUUUCAUCAUGCUCAACCUGCAGGAAGAGACCACGGACAAAAAUUUGGCCCCUGAUGGCUACUAUGUCCCCAGGAUCCUCUUUGUUGAUCCAUCUCUGACAGUGCGCACAAACAUUAAAGGAAGGUACAGCAACCUCGCCUAUGCCUACGAGCCCGGAGACAUGAAACUCUUGGCUGAAAACAUGAGGAAAGCCAAAAGGUUGAUGCAGCACACUGAACUCUAACAGGGCUUGUCCAUCCUCCAGUGAUACUGGCAAACUGCUCAGGGGUCAGCACCAACACAUUUACAUGGUCUUUAUAGCACAAUAAAACAAAAGUAACAAAACAAA